AUGGAUCCUUUUAUACCAAUAUAAACAACCUAAAAAUCAAUUGUUAGGAUAGCUUUAGAUAUUUUAUUCCUAUUUGUUAAAUUACCUUUAUUUACUUUUCUAAUAGUUGAAAUAGUUAUCAUAAAUGAUUUGAUAUUUCGCUAAAUAUAAAGACUUGAAUUUCACAUUGUAUUUCAUAAAUUUCUUAGAAUAAUAAUCUUAUUGCAUAAUUAUAUAAGUGGAAGAUUACUAUUGUUAGUUUUGGGAUACUUUAAAUAUAAAUCUCUAUUUCAUAGUUCUGCACCAAAUUUUAAACAUGGAAACUUAUAAUCCUAUUGCUUCUAUUGUUCAAGAACUUCCCCAAUUGAUGUUUUUGUUUUAAUAACAUAGUAAUAUAUUUUAUAAUUUAGUUUUUCACCAUCAUUUACUCAUAUUUCAAUUUAAAAAGAUAAAGUGAAGUGCAAAAUAAUAAGCUAUGGUAAAGCUAUCUUAGAAUCAUUUUAAAUAAGUAAAUGUGGAUUCAAAAAUUUCACGGAUGGAGACAGCAUAAAAGAUUUAAUGAUUUAGAUUAGAAGAACAAGAACUGGUCCUUUGAUAUUAUUUUGGGAAGGAGGAAUAACAAAUGGAUACUCUUUAUUGAAAAUUGACAAAGCCAUUGUAAAUGAAAUGUAUAACAUCUGCAACUUUUCUUAAGAAUCACUAUAGCGAUCUCAUUAUUGCAAUUCAAAUCCUUAAGGCAUGUUAUGUUUGCAACAUGAAGAUAGGAUGAAUUUGAUAGGAAACAAUCCACUUUAGAUGUUAAUUAAUAUUUUAACAAAUUCAUUUUGCAGUUUAGAUAUGUUUUUCUUAAAAUGCUAAUCAUAUAAUUUUAAGGAUCAUCUACCAGAAUUGUAUUAAAAAUUUGUUGAAGAUAUUAUUAAGAGAGGAAUAGUAAAAUAUUUUUAUAUUAUUAGAGUGAUUAUACAUGGAAAGAGUUUAGAAAAUAAUUUAUACAAUAAAAUGCAUGA